CCGCCCUGCCCGCGGCGCCCGGCCGGACACGAGCAUGGUGUUUGCUCCAGAUCAAGACAAAUCCUUAACACGAUACAAUGUUUUUCCUGUUGAAUGAUUAUUCCUGACUGUAGCCCACCCACAUUUACUUCACUGCAAACUUUUGGCCAGCUUCUCUGCUCAUGUAAAUCCUUGUAGUUCCAUUGACUUCAGUGGAGCUGCACCAAGUUUACACCAGUUGAGGAUCCUGACCUUCUGUUGCUACAUCACUCCAAUUCUUCUCUUGAUUGUAACAUUGAUGAAACAAGAAUCAAUAAGACAACUUUUCUUGAGUGAGAAAUCUGGAAAUGAAGAAGAAGAAGUUGCAUUACAGAAUGCCAGCAAACAGAUUGUGCAAACUGCCAUCCUGCAGGCAGUUCAGCAAGUCUCUCAGGAAAGCCAACAACAGGAGAAGAAAGUAAACAGCAGUGUGCGUCUGCAGUUAGAGAGAGGGGAAUUAACGAAGAAGCAUGAAAAGAAGUAAAAGAGUGAACUAUUUGUUUCGAUCCUCCAGUUGGCAGUAUCUCCAGCUUUCCUCUUAGUAUCACCUGUGUUGCCAGUGCAAUGUUACUACUGUAAAGCAAACCAAAGUAUAAUCAGCACCUAGACAUAGAGUAAAGCUGCAAAAGUCCUCAAUUGAGAAAUAUUAAGUGCAUUAGGUGACUAACUUAGUAUUUAUGCAGUGCCUCUUAAACAUAACAAACAAAAAUACUGUAGCUAUAAAAUAGUUUCAAGCACAAUCUCUUCUUAAGGGAUGGUUUUAUAUGCAAAAGCUUAUUGUUAGUGCACUUUUGUAUGAAUCUUAUGUGCAUCAUCUGUGUCUGUUCAAUUGGCAGAUAUCUCCACUGAGUUACAGAUUUCACUAGGGGUUGUCUAUGUCAACUAAACAACUGUAGAGUGUAGGAGAUGUGUUUUCAGGCUCCUUGAAAUACAAGUUUGUGUUUUAUUUUGAUAGAAUGUGGGCUGUGCAAAAUAGCAGCUGUAAAAUGGAUUUGGAAAAUUUCAUGCACAAAUCUCUUUUCAAUCUUUUUACAAAGUACAUUAUCUAUGACUAUAUAGUUCACUCCUUAUGCUGCAGAUGAUGCAAAUGUCCGGCACAUUUCUAAUCUUUUGCACAAAAAUUAUUUGUGAGCCUCAAAGAUUCUUUUAAUUUUGCCAAUAAUAAAAUAAAAGAACCCACGGUAUUAUACAGCUGCUUAAUUCUUCCUCCAGUUUUGCAAAUUCAUGUAUGCUUAGAUUUAUAAUAACUAAUAGAAUUAAAAUAGCUAAAAUAUGUAAAGCUUUUGAAUUUAUGAAAAUUCAGGAAAUUGAAAAUACACUGAGAAUAAAUUUUGUGAUUGAAGACAUUUGUUUCCCAAUUGCUGGGUCUAAAAUGACUUCAGCUAUUUGCAAUUUUAAUAUAGAUUCACAUUAUAUACAUGUACACUGAAGUAACACUUUAAAAAUGCCCUUAAAUGCUAAUACCAAAUUGGUAUAGAAGUGCAUGAAGUCUACAUGAAAGCCAAAUUAAUUCAACGUGACUUUUUCACUUUAUGUUCAGCUGUUGAAUUGUAGGUUGCAUUCCGAUUCCAGUGGAGUGAAGAUGAAUUUUACACCAGGCAAGAAAUGGUCUUGCCUUUGCCUCAAAUUAAUUUCUAUAAUACUGGCCACAAUGAGCACAAGCUGUAGCACAUCUAUAAAUAUUUCACUUGGGGAAAGCAGAUGCAGCAUCAGGAAUCUGUGAAGAGGGAGAAAAACUUUCCUAAAUGCAUUUGCUACUCAAUGAGACAUUUCUCAGAGUAUUCUUUUGGUUUAUAGAUUACCUGGCUAUUACUUGGUGCACCCUAUUGCUAGUACUAAACUACUGCCAGUGCUAAACUUCAAGGUUCUUUCUCAUGGGCUGAGGUUUAACUCCGUAAUAACCACCCAUCCUCUAAUGUUCUGCUUUGUUCUAUUGACUUCUAUUGAUUGAUGCUAAUUUAAACCAGAUAAUGAUCUGGCCCAGUCCAAAUCCAAAUAAUCCAGUUUUUCUUAACCCUUAAAUGAUGGAAAGCUGAACUGAACUGCAAUGAAACAUCCUCAGCUUACUCACAUAGUUUUUAGUUUUUAUUUAGUGAAUUUCACUAAUCAAAAACAGAGAAAAACUAAGAGAAGGAAGAAGCUGUUGUGUUGUUGUUUUUUAUGGUCAGAUGACAGAUGGCUGAUGGGAGGCUUCAACCUUGAGCUGAGAGAUGGCUCCUAUCUAAACAACCAGCAUAUCGCUAGUUUCUCUGGAAAAGUAGAUCAAGAGCAAGGUCCAAUUCUGAGUUUGGCGGGCAGGAAAGGGCAAUUUAGAACAUGAUGUUAGUUUGGAGUGACUCCAUAGUUGGAGGCUGAGGAUGCUUUUCAGCCACUGAAAUUCUCACUUGGAGUGCAAAGGAAAGGAGAUGCCCAUCAUUCCUUUAAGGAUAUUUUUUCUGUUCACAGAAAAUAUCCCAGGUUAUCCUUUUCCUUCCGAAAGUUGCUGCUAAAUUCUCUUUUUCGACAAUCUUUAGACAAACAAUCUUGGCUUAUAUACAUAAAAACCUUCAGUGCAGUUUCAAAACCCCUUUGAAAUUCUGGUUCUCAAAACUAAAGUGCAGUGUGUGUGUGUCAUGUUCCUCCUUAGCUUAGUAGCAAUAUGGCCUCUCAGAAUUCUAGAUCACUUUUCAUUAUGUUCAGUGCCUUAGCUAUUCUUAGGUUUCAGAGUAGCAGCCGUGUUAGUCUGUAUUCGCAAAAAGAAAAGGAGUACUUGUGGCACCUUAAAGACUAACAAAUUUAUUU